AUGGAAGUAUAUUUCACUGAGUGUGUCCAAGAGGAGCUGCAUAGUUAUGCUGCAUCAAUUUGUCAUAAUGGAGAGCUGAUAUCAAGCCUGAAUUCUCUCUUUGAGGAACAACCAAAUCCUGAGAUAUUAGAUCCAGUGUGUCAUCAGUUGUUUGAGUUUUACAGAUCCAGUGAAAGUGAGCUGCAACGAUUUGCCCUCGAACUGGUUCCUUCACUACUCUGGUUGUACCUGGCUUGUGUCAGCAGGGGAGAGAAAUCUAAAUGUGGUGGUGUUGAAGCCUUUCUGUUGUCAGUGUACAAUUUGGAGAGUUGCAAUGCAGAUGGUACACCGAAAGUUAAAACUUCUAGAAUUCCUGUAUUUUCCCAACAUUCUAUAUACCAUGAGCCACAGACAAUAAGCUGUUCUCCAUUGUCCGAGUCAGCAUUGUUAAGAUUCAAUGCUGAGCCCACAGUUUACCAAGAUGGUCCCCACCCACAGUAUGAAUCUGUCAAUGGACAGAACCGGCACAGUAUCCUGGCAUACUUACUGCAGUGUUACCAUAACAACAUAUCUAACUUGUCAGCAAGAUCUUAUAAAACCUUCUGCAAGAUGUGCUCCAGGAUAGUAACCACAGGUUUCCACACACUAAUGCAAGUUGGUGAAGAUGAUGAUGAUGUUAUUAGUACAACUACAAACCUAACAGAAAUGUCACAACAGGUCAGUCAAAGUGGGGAACUCAGUCCAAGGAUAAGUGUCAGUCCAGCAUUACUCAUUGAUAUGCUGUCCUGUCUGUAUUACAUCAUGUUUAAUGGACAGGCAGGGCCGGGAGCACAGGCUAUUGUAGAUAUUCACUACAGGGCCUGUUAUGAACUUUUCCCUGAUGUUAUGCUUGUAACAAAUGCAAUACGGAAUUCAUUGAGGGAGAAUCCUAGUGGACAGCCAGAUGAUGGUCCGAUAGGUUUGAGUCUUGCCUUGUCACCAGCGUCAUCGAGUUACACCUUGUCCAAAACAGCAAUAACAAAUGCCUCCUUCAGAGCCAAAAAGUUGCCAGACGAUAUUCCUGUGCAGCCAGAGGAGUCUAACAAACUGCCGACAAUCUCGGAGGACGAUGCUUCAGCCAAACCCAAAAUUUCUAAGUCCAAACAGAUGAAGAAAGAAAAGGGAGAGAAAUCUCGCACCAAAGAAAAGGAAUCAAGAAAUUUAAAUAACUCAAUAAGCAGUGGAGAAAUGACUUUGGACAAUGUGCAAGUAGCACAUGCUCGAGGUUCACAAAGAAGUAGUAUUGAUACUAUAGAACUGACUUCGUUUACAAAAGGAAAAGAUGGUGAUUUAAAUUCAUCACCACACACCACCAAACAUAGUUCUCCAAAUGUAAAAUCCAGCAGUGGAAUAAAGACAAGUAUAUCGAAUAAAGAUAUAAAAAAUACAAAAAUGUCGGGUGGACACACACGCACCCACUCCGGAGGAUCUUCUGCGGGUUCAGAAAACUAUAGCACUGAUUUAUGAAUAUUUUAUACCUCAUUUUCUAUUCUCAAAGGCCAUAUUUUCAGAAAUUGUUUAUUUGACUCGAUACUUUCAUUUUCUACUCUCAAUGUGCAGUGUACAAGAACUGUAACUCCAACUUGCUUACUUUUUGAAUUAUUUCCCUUUAGUUGAUUUUGUCAUAACUCUCAAACUCUUGUUGCAUGUAUGAUUUAUUUCAAAAUGUAUAUUUACCAAACACCCCACUGUAAACCUAAUUCUUUAGCUUGGUUAAUCUUAUAUCACCUUUAUUUUCACAAGUUGAUAGACAAAAAACUUAUUCUGGUUGUUAACCAUUCAAAUUUGUUAACACUAUAUGGGAAGUUGGUUUGUGAUAUUCAUAAAGGUGUUAAAUGUGCAUUUUAUUGAGAUACUUAAUACUGCAAAAUCAUCGACACUGAUGUAGUCAGUUUCAUUAUACUGUGGUUGUGUUAAUCCACAAAAUUCAGUCCUGACAAAUAUUUUGUUUUUAUAUUAUACAGUCAAAACUCGGUAUCUCAAACUCGCUUACCUCGAAAUUCCGCUUAAGUCGAAGAAAUUUUCAAGUCCCGUCAAAUUUCCUUCUAUAUGUAUGUAAUUCAACUCCGGUUACGUCAAAAUUUGACUUACCGAGACUUCGGAUAUGUCGAAAGGGAUUUUCAGUCCCGUCAAUAAAAUUCAAGUGCAUUGUAAACUCGGUAAGUCGAAGUGAGGAAAAAAUGCGAUAACAUUUCACACAUCUCAUCGUGAAUGUGGUUGGUUUUUAACACCUGCCCAAGCUUAUUGCCUAACCAGAAUGUGAUGCCGACACAUCAAAGGUGCGGCGAUAAUCAAAGUGAAAUGAUGUCAUACUUGUUUGCACGUGCCAUAAUGAUAAUUGUUUGAUGUAAACAUUAGAUUUCUUAAUCAGCGGUCAUUUCUUUUUGAAACUUUAAGCAAAUUGCUUUUAAUCUAAACUAAUGAAUUAGUUAGUUUGAACAGCUGGGAUCUUUGAUAAGGAUUAAUUAGAGGUAAUCGCGAUGAGAAUGUAUAAAAAAUUAACAUCUUUGGGGAAAAGCAUCAUUCGUUCAAAAUGUCAGAUCGAAAUGCUGUCAAUCCUCCGGGAGAGAAACGUGGUACAAAAAGGAACUUUGCUCAAAAACAUUUGAGGUUAGUAUCAUUUUCAUUCUUCAAAAAACAGAAAACUUUGGUAAACACAAACUGCUCGGAAUCGUUUACGUGUAUAGUGCCGACACAGCAUCACGGAAACAGCUUUUAUUUUUUAUUAAAACUUCUCGUAACUAAACCAACUUUUUUCAUCUUUUCGUCCAUACGUCCCUUCUCAUAACUCGAAUUUCGGUUAUCUCGAAAUAAAAAGCACGGUCCCUUGAAAUUCGAGAUAUCGAGUUUCGACUGUAUUUGAAAUCCCAUUGAAACAGUUGAAACUGCAAAAUUUCAUGUCCAGUAAAUGAUUUCACAGUAUUAACCAGUUUUACAGUAUUCAGUUCCAUUUCAUAAUAUGAGCCGUGCCAUGAGAAAACCAACAUAGUGGCUCUGCGAUCAGCAUAUAUCCAGACCAGCCUGUGCAUCCGCGCAGUCUGGUCAGGAUCCAUGCUUUUUGCUGACAGUUUCUCCAAUUCCAGUAGGCUUUAAAAGUGAACAGCAUGGAGCCUGACCAGACUGCGUGGAUGCGCAGGCUGGUCUUGAUCCAUGCUGGUCACAAACCCACUAUGUUGGUUUUCUCAUGGCACAGCUGAAUUAUUAUAUUAAACACAGAGUUUUAUAAUUUGCUGUUUUUCAAAAUGAGCUAUCAAGAAAAAUCUCAUUUGCAUAAUUUUUGUUCAAGAUGUAUCUCUUCAUUUAAUGUAACUGAUUAUUGUAAAAGCACAUAUUUUUGAUGGGUCAAAAUUUGAAAAUUUGAGUGUGUUCGCGAGGUUUAAUAUUGGUGAAAUUCUUAAAAUGGUAUCCUAGUUUAAUUUGAAUUAUACUAAUGGUAGAUAUUUUUGCAAGGCCCUACAUCUCGUGAAUAUAGCGAAAAUCAGCCCCUCGUGAAAAUUUCUGCUUUUACAGUAUGCAUACAGAAUUUGCAAGUCAUGUUAUGAUUACAUAUUCGCAGGCCUCCUUGGCUAAGUGGUUACAGUCUCUGACUUGGAAUCACCUGCCACUCAGCCACUCACUGCUGCGGGUUUGAAACCACACUUAGAUGUAGAAUUCUUUCAAUUGAGGCAGUCAUCCAGAUGACUUACUGAAGGCUGGUGGUUCUACCUUGGUUCCUGCUUGUGCCUGAAAUUAAGCUUGAGGGAGUCACCUGUUCCUUUCCUUCACCACUGAAAGCUGGAAAGUUGCCAUGUGACCUAUAAUUGUAUCAGUGUGACGUUAAACCCAACAACAACAAUUUUCUUUUUUAGCCCACCAUCACCAGAUGGUGGGCUAUUCAAACCUCCCUGUUUGUAUAUUUUUGGGAGGUGGGGGAGCAAAAAUGACAGGAUUCCAAUAUGUAUGAAAACCUGUAUUUUGUAAUGGUGCCCCUUUUUAUAAACUUAUAUAAAGUGGUACAAAAAUUUCUGUGUUGAUUAUAACAACAAAACAUCAUAAUGUUCAGAAUAAAAAAAAUAAAACUCUUGAAAAUCUGUACAGUGUAUAUUGUUUUAAGAGGAUAAGGAAAUAAAAGUAUACAAAACUUU